CCUUCAAAACAAGAUCCAUAAACAGUCUGUUUAUUUUAUCUACCCUGGUAGUAUUUCUAUUCGUAUUAUUUUCCAUUAUAGUGCUGAAAUUGUAUAAUUAACAUGAAUGAAAGUAAACAUGCGGUUUUCUGCCGCCUAUGCUUGGUGGAAACCCGGAAUAGGGUGGUAAUCUUCCCUGGAAAAAAUCCAAAAGAGACCAAAGUCAGGAAGUUAUUGGAGCUUGUCCAAAUUGAGGUAUGUCAAGAAACCGAGCCUGGUGCUGUGCUAUGUUUUGAGUGUCUUGCAACGCUAGAAGAGUUUAAUAAAUUUAAAACGCAUUGUCAUGAAAAUGACAAGCAUUUGAAAAACCUUCAUCGUAAAUCAGACAAGGUGCACAACAAGCAGCACCAUUCAAAAACACAUUCAAGCAAUUUAAAACCCAUUGGCACGACAAAGAAAGAGGAAAAAGAAUCCAAUAAAACACCGAGAAACUUUGAUAUGCAGUACCAGAAGUUCCUUGGCACACAAAAAGAUGUAUCGGAUAAAACUUGUAAAAAACCGCGCACAGACCUGUCUCCAAAAGAUAAAGCAUUUUCGAAGAUACCAUCGACUGUAUCGGGAAUUUCGGCGCUGAACAAAAUGCUUGUUCUUUCUGAAUCCUACGAACAUUCUUUUCAUUUUGAAAAAAGGCCGCGCUCUGUACACUUCAAUUUAGUUUACAACGGAGAGCGUUUCAACUCAGCAAUAUUUACGGCACGAUUGACUUACUGGCAAUGCGUUCACCGGAUGAAACAUAACUGCAAAGCACAAGUCUGCUGUACGAACGACUACAAACACUUCGAAAGAAGACACCUUCACUCGCAUGGAAAAUUGCCAGAAAAAAGUGGAACGAUCUAUCAGCCAGCCCAGGCCUUACCAAUGAUAUUUCACGUUUGCCGAACGUUUGUUGAGAAGAGAUUAGGAGAACGCUCAAAAACUGUAGAGGAUGAAAAGACAGAAAACCCAGAGCCGGUCGUACCUGCUGGAAACUGCGAUGAUACACGCUUGGAGCAGUCUAACAUAGAGUUAGAAGUUGAUGAUAUAUGUUUAGAGUCAACCGAGUUCGUUAACCUGAAUGAUGUUGACAGCAGCUAUGAAAUUGAAACUCUGGACGAGUCCAAUCAAGAUUUGUUACUUGAUGUUGAUCAUGAUUAUUAUGAUACUGGUAAAAAAACAGAUGGCACAGAUGACGAAAUGAAUACAGACAGCAUACCGCAAGCUAAAAAACGAACCAAGAAAUAUAGCGUGGAUGUCAUACCAACAAAGGUGACUCGUUUUUCUGCGACAACUCACGUAGAUAACAUGGAUGUGGAGAACAAAGCAAAUGAUAGCACUCAAUCAACCAAAUUUCAUUUUACCGUUGAUCCAAACGUAGUGGGUAAAAGCGAUUUUAGCGAUCCAGUCCUUGCUGAGUCCUAUCCGGAAUAUUUUUAUUUCGAGAAAGGCUCUCGUUCUGUUUAUUAUACUCUAGUAUUUUUUGGCGAACGUUUUAAUUCUGCUCGCUACGGCGUUAACUACACAUACUGGCAAUGUUCAAACCGGAAAAAAUACAGAUGCGAAGCGAUGUUGGUCACGAGCAACGAUUACACGGCGUUCGAACGCAGGUAUUACCACACACAUGACCAGAUUUCAUUAAAAUAUGGAAGAACAAUCUUCCAACCUCGUGAAGUGCUACCACAAUUAUUCAAAAUUACUCGGAGUAAGUCUGCAUGGAAACAACGUUGCGGAAUCAUGAAUACUGAGUGCUCUGACAACGAACGCAUUGAAGAUAGCAGUCUUGAAAAAGAUGACAAAACAACUACGGGAAAAAAUACAAAGAAAAAAGCAAAAGUCAAACAUCAGAACACCGUGAACAUUCCGAAGGAAUGCGAAGUACACAGCAUGCCUACACUGGACAAAAUGUUGGUACUGGCCGAUUCAUAUCCGGAUUUUUUCUAUUUCGAAAGAGGCCCACGCUCGACAUAUUUUACCCUGAUAUACAAAGGUGAACGCUACAAUACGCCUCUGUUCACGACGCGAAGAACUUACUGGCAGUGCGCACACCGAACCAAGUUUCGCUGUCCAGCUCGGAUUAGUGUGAGUAACGAUUAUCGUACUUUUAAGCCAAAAAAUGACCACUGUCAUGAUAAACUGGAGGCAAAGGAAGAAACAGCGUACAGUCCUGAGGAAGCUUUGCCAUUAAUUUUCGAGGCUUGCAGGAAAAUCGCGUAUAAAAAACGUUCGCAUGACUUACUGAAACGACUCUGCGCAAAAGAGGCAAUCGAGUUGCAAGAAUCUAAAGAUCAGGAGAAUCCCGAUUCAUCGCAUGAGGAAGACGAUUUUCUAGGAUUUUGUAAUGAGACAGAAUAAUUUUCAGGCGUUACAAAAAUUUAUUCACCUUUCUCAUAUUGCGUCAAGGCAAACUAAUACUUCUGUUCGGCCUAUCACAUUUGUUAAAUGUUAUAGACGGUCAUUCUUUUGAUGCUUUGUAAGGAAAGCUGGCUAGAGAAUUGAGAGUUCGCCAACAACAUAAAAGAUAAUAAGAUUGACAGAUAAACUAGAUAUUUUAAACUACAAGGUAAACUCAGAAGAGUAGAUUAAGCAUUGUCAAAGUGUGACAAAAUCGCCUGAAAUAAUAAUAUGUACCUUUGGCUCAUCAUUUAAUAUAAGUAACAGAUUUUUUUUUCGAAA